AAGCGUGUCACGUGUGGCUGGCCCCGCCUCUUCCUCUCGGUCCCAUAUUGAACUCGAGUUGGAAGAGGCGAGUCCGGUCUCAAAAUGGAGGUAAAACCGCCGCCCGGUCGCCCCCAGCCUGACUCCGGCCGUCGCCGCCGCCGCCGGGGGGAGGAGGGCCAUGAUCCAAAAGAACCAGAGCAGUUGAGAAAGCUGUUUAUUGGUGGUCUGAGCUUUGAAACUACAGAUGACAGUUUGAGAGAACAUUUUGAGAAAUGGGGCACACUCACAGAUUGUGUGGUCAUGAGAGACCCCCAAACAAAGCGUUCCAGAGGCUUUGGCUUUGUGACUUACUCAUGUGUUGAAGAGGUGGAUGCAGCAAUGUGUGCUCGGCCACACAAGGUUGAUGGGCGUGUAGUGGAACCAAAGAGAGCUGUUUCUAGAGAGGAUUCUGUAAAACCUGGUGCCCAUUUGACAGUGAAGAAAAUUUUUGUUGGUGGUAUUAAAGAAGAUACAGAAGAGUAUAAUCUGAGAGACUACUUUGAAAAGUAUGGCAAAAUUGAAACCAUAGAAGUGAUGGAAGACAGGCAGAGUGGAAAAAAGAGAGGAUUUGCUUUUGUAACUUUUGAUGAUCAUGAUACAGUUGAUAAAAUUGUUGUUCAGAAAUAUCACACUAUUAAUGGGCAUAAUUGUGAAGUGAAAAAGGCCCUUUCUAAGCAAGAGAUGCAGUCGGCUGGGUCACAGAGAGGUCGUGGAGGUGGAUCUGGCAACUUUAUGGGUCGUGGUGGAAACUUUGGAGGUGGUGGAGGUAAUUUUGGUCGUGGUGGAAACUUUGGUGGAAGAGGUGGCUAUGGUGGUGGAGGUGGUGGCAGCAGAGGGAGUUAUGGUGGAGGUGAUGGUGGUUAUAAUGGAUUUGGAGGUGAUGGUGGCAACUAUGGUGGUGGUCCUGGUUAUAGUAGUAGAGGAGGCUAUGGUGGUGGUGGACCAGGAUAUGGAAACCAAGGUGGUGGAUAUGGUGGUGGAGGAGGAGGAUACGAUGGUUACAAUGAAGGAGGAAAUUUUGGUGGUGGUAACUAUGGUGGAGGUGGGAACUACAAUGAUUUCGGAAAUUAUAGUGGACAACAGCAGUCAAAUUAUGGACCCAUGAAGGGGGGCAGUUUUGGUGGAAGAAGCUCUGGCAGUCCCUAUGGUGGUGGUUAUGGAUCUGGUGGUGGAAGUGGUGGAUAUGGUAGCAGAAGGUUUUAAAAACAGCAGAAAAGGGCUACAGUUCUUAGCAGGAGAGAGAGCGAGGAGUUGUCAGGAAAGCUGCAGGUUACUUUGAGACAGUCGUCCCAAAUGCAUUAGAGGAACUGUAAAAAUCUGCCACAGAAGGAGCGAUGAUCUAUAGUCAGAAAAGUUACUGCAGCUUAAACAGGAAACCCUUCUUGUUCAGGACUGUCAUAGCCACAGUUUGCAAAAAGUGCAGCUAUUGAUAAAAUGCAAUGUAGUGUCAAUUAGAUGUACAUUCCUGAGGUCUUUCAUCUGUUGUAGCUUUGUCUUUCUUUUUCUUUCAUUACAUCAGGUAUAUUGCCCUGUAAAUUGUGGUAGUGGUACCAGGAAUAAAAAAUUAAGGAAUUUUUAACUUUUCAAUAUUUGUGUAGUUCAGUUUUUCUACAUUUUAGUACAGAAACUUAACAAAAUGCAGUUUUGAAGGUGUUUCCUUGUGAGUUAACGAGUAAAGAAGAUCAUUGUUAAUUACUAUUUUGUAUGAAUUUUGCUAAAGUUAACUGUAAAGAAACACCUACUGACUUGCAGUUUAAGGGGGAAUUUAUUCUCCCUACUUCCAAACCAUGCUAUGAAUGGGCGCUGACAUGUGGAGAGAGUAGAUACCUGUAUGUUUGCAAUGUGUGUUUUAGAAUAUUUAGGAUUGGGUAUUUAAUAAAUUAGCAUAUUUGUGAACUUAAUAGCAUUAAGAUUACCUUCAAAUGAAAAAUCUCGAAAUUUCUAUUUGGUUUUUGUGCAUUUUCUUUCAAAAUGUAAUCAUGAUUUUAGUGUGUAGACUUACUGAGUCCUAGCUGUUAUAACAUCUCCAUUCUACAUUCACAUUGGUCACAUUUAAAGUGCCGCCAUGGUUUUUGGAUGUAAAGCAUGGGCUGCCCUCUUUAAUUCUGGAAAGGGGUAGUGGAUGUUUUCCAUUCCCACAUUUAACCUUGAUGCAGGACCACUAAGUCUGCUGUGUGUAAGCAAACUAGUAGGUACCUGAUUUUGUUGUUAAUUCAUCUUAAAACCCAGAGGUUCACAAAUCCUGAGUCACUUUCCUUGGUUUAGCUUUUCCCAAGUUUUUAGAAGAAAAGAAUAAAAAUCACUCAUUGAACCCUUAACUGGCUGGCAUGCUUUCCUGUUUGUGCCCUAUACAUACUUAGAUGAAUGAAACCAAGGCUAGUUUAGAUAUCAUUGUCUUAAAAAAUAAUGCAGCAGAAACAGCACAGUUGCUAAGUACAAGCUUCACACUUCCCAAAGAUCUGAAAUUAAAUUUGGAUAAUCGUGAGUUCCCAAAGAACAUGGUAUUCUCUGUAUAUAUUUCAACCCAAAACAUGUUGGUGUGAGUACACUUUGUUUGGAAAACCCUGGUUGAGAAGAGUUUUAGAAAUAAGGUUUUAUAUAUAUGAAAAGCAAUGUCUACUGUCUUGCGCCAGUCUAGUGUUUUAACAAUUUCAUUCAAGCCCUGAGUAUGUGCCCUACUGUUACUCUUUCUUUGGCAGUUGAACGUUUGAAUACAAAUUUUUACUUGGUUUUUAAAGUACUGAGUAAAAUAAGCAAUAAAAAGGGGAUGGGGCGUGCUAGUGUUUGACUAUGCUCUCUGUUGCUCUAAUUCUGUGCCUCUGUGCAGCAUUAAUAUUUGGAUGCAUGCAAUGCCAGCAUGGAACUCGGUCUUCACAUAAUACUGCAGUUUUUCCAGAAACACUCACCAAUAAAUGUAACAGCCAACAUUCCAUUGUUAAUGGGCAUAUGUGAAAAAGCAGUGUAGAAAAUAGGCUAUAGAAAAUAAGUCCUUAAAUAACAAGUGUGGUUAUUCAUUGGACACUGUCAAUGUUCAUAAUUUAAACCUGGGUACCUGGUCAAAAUGCUUGGGGAAGAUUUCAUUAAAAUUGAGCUAAAUUGUC